GAAGAGUCGGGAGUGAAGAAAUAGGGGGAGUGUCUGUUCGUUUGAAUGUAGGAUACAUCGGGUAUAUAGAGUUGAGAACUGGAACACUGAACCGCAACUUUAUCAUCAUCAUUCCUAGGGCUCAAUGGCGACUAAUUAUUUCUCCGAAGAGAUAAUUUUUCUCAUACUUUCCUAUCUUCCUGUAAUAUCACUUCUCCGCUUCAAAUCAGUCUGCAAAACCUGGCUAUCCAUCAUAAAAAGCCCACAGUUUGUUGAAGCCCACCUUGCCAAUUCCAGGAACAAACAAGCAUCCGUGCUCAAAGCCUCUUAUUAUUGGGGGGUUUUCUCCAUGGACAGUGUUGAAGAAUCAGUUGAGCUUAAAUUGCCAUCACGUCUUGAGGGUAUGGUUUAUUACAUGCGUUCUUGUAAUGGUCUUGUUUGUCUUUCCAAUGAAAGUAGUUAUGAUAUUUGUAUUUGGAAUCCGUGUACUAGACAGUAUAAGAUGCUUAAUGCCCCCAACUAUUCAAUAAAUAAUGUCGGGGCUUGUUUAGGGUUUGGGUUUGAUUCUGUUGGAAAUGACUACAAGAUUCUUAGGAUUGUAACAAAGGUUACCCGUAACACAUGGGGUUUUAUUAUUAACAUGGGUAACUUCUCAGAAGCACAGUUGUAUUCCGCAAAUGCUGAUACCUGGAAAAUGAUUCGUACUCCGGAUACUAUUAAAAUGUCUUUUUGGCAUAAGCUGAAGAGAUUCUGUGGUCCUGAUAUUAGUGGGAAGUUGUAUAUGGAAGGGGAGGGUGAGCUAUUGCCGUUUGAUUUGCGGAAUGAUUUGUUUGGAGAAAUUGUGGUGUUACCGUUUCCUGAUUACGUGGAACAGAAAAGGAUAAAGAAGUCUAAGAUUUUGGAUUUUGAAGGUUCUGUGGCUAUGGUAUAUGAAUCUGCUGGGGAUGAAUCAGUUAUGAGUCUUUGGAUGUUAGAUGAUGAUGGCUUGUGGAUUAAAAAGUUCAAUCUUGAAAUGGAUUUGGAGUUGGAUCGGACGUAUCUUUAUUUGGGCGCUCAACACUUUCUUGGACUCAAUUUUGUUUUUGGAUACAAAUUUUACAACUACACAAAGAAAACGACUAAGAAGCUUCCUUUCCCAGCUCAUCUCACCGAUGUCAAGUCAGUUGCCAAGUUCACUCAGAGCCUUGUUUCCCUUGAGGGGUUUCAAUCACAAGAAUGAAGUCGCAAGUAACUCUAAUAUUGUGGUCAUUUAAGGGAAAGGAAGAGUCGGGCAGAAUUGUGGCAAAUGUGUUUAUAACUGGACCAGCUUGUUUGUUUUGUAAAUUGUGCAUGUAGAUGGCACAAGUGAAUUUAGUCUAAUGCCUUGUCAUUGAGUACCAAGUACACCCUGCUUUGUAAGUUUAGGUUCUAGGUAUAAUGGAUGGAUUUGUUGGUUGCUAAAAAUUAUUAUGUUUAGACGGAUAGGUAAAAGUUGCUUCUCCUUUUUCAUCUGCAUGCUGUGGAUUUUAUGGUAGUGAAGCUUGAAUAUAUAUAGUUGCUUAUGUGCUUC